AAUUCGUAUUCUCUCAUUUCUUCUACGGAGAUUUGCAUCGAAGAAACUGACUCGCUUGUGGAAUCAUCAACAAGAAGAUGUGGCGCUGCGUCUCUCGUGGCUUUCGAGCUCCUUCUUCAAAGACCUCUUCACUCUUUGAUGGCGUCUCUGGAUCUCGCUUUUCCAGAUUCUUCUCCACCGGUUCUACCGACACGAGAUCCUCUUAUACGAUAGUGGAUCACACCUAUGACGCGGUUGUGGUGGGAGCUGGUGGUGCUGGACUUAGGGCGGCGAUUGGGUUAUCAGAGCAUGGCUUUAACACCGCUUGCAUUACUAAGCUUUUCCCCACAAGGUCACAUACUGUUGCUGCUCAGGGUGGUAUUAAUGCUGCACUGGGAAAUAUGUCCGAAGAUGACUGGAGAUGGCACAUGUAUGACACUGUCAAAGGAAGUGACUGGCUAGGUGAUCAAGAUGCUAUUCAGUAUAUGUGUAGAGAGGCACCAAAAGCGGUCAUUGAACUUGAGAAUUAUGGGCUGCCUUUCUCUCGUACUGAAGAAGGGAAAAUUUACCAGCGUGCAUUUGGGGGUCAGAGUCUUGACUUUGGAAAAGGUGGUCAGGCCUAUCGUUGUGCUUGUGCUGCGGAUCGGACAGGGCAUGCUCUGUUGCAUACUCUCUAUGGACAAGCUAUGAAACAUAACACACAGUUCUUUGUUGAAUACUUCGCCUUGGAUUUGCUCAUGGCUAGUGAUGGCAGUUGCCAGGGUGUAAUUGCACUAAACAUGGAAGAUGGAACAUUGCAUCGUUUCCGCUCUUCACAAACAAUUUUGGCAACUGGGGGGUACGGCAGAGCAUACUUCUCUGCAACCUCAGCACAUACAUGCACAGGAGAUGGAAAUGCCAUGGUUGCACGGGCCGGUCUUCCACUGCAGGACUUGGAGUUCGUUCAAUUCCAUCCAACUGGUAUAUAUGGGGCUGGAUGUCUCAUCACUGAAGGAUCUCGAGGUGAAGGAGGUAUCCUUAGAAACAGUGAAGGUGAACGUUUUAUGGAGCGAUAUGCUCCUACAGCCAAGGAUCUUGCAUCAAGAGAUGUUGUCUCCAGAUCCAUGACUAUGGAAAUCAGGGAAGGUCGUGGUGUAGGACCGCAUAAGGAUCAUAUCUAUCUCCAUCUGAAUCAUCUUCCUCCAGAAGUUCUGAAAGAAAGGCUUCCUGGAAUCUCUGAGACCGCUGCCAUCUUCGCUGGUGUUGAUGUUACCAAAGAGCCAAUUCCCGUCUUACCCACGGUUCAUUAUAACAUGGGUGGUAUCCCAACAAACUACCAUGGCGAGGUAGUUACCAUCAAAGGCGAUAAUCCAGAUGCAGUGGUACCUGGGCUAAUGGCUGCUGGAGAGGCAGCUUGUGCAUCUGUUCAUGGUGCCAACAGGCUUGGUGCAAAUUCACUGCUAGACAUUGUCGUCUUUGGUCGUGCUUGUGCAAAUAGGGUUGCGGAGAUAAGCAAACCAGGGGAGAAACAGAAACCUCUUGAGAAGGAUGCGGGUGAGAAGACUAUUGCAUGGCUGGACAGGUUGAGAAACUCAAAUGGGUCGCUUCCUACUUCAAGUAUCAGAUUGAACAUGCAGAGAGUUAUGCAGAACAACGCAGCUGUGUUCCGCACGCAAGAAACAUUGGAAGAAGGUUGUCAGUUGAUUGACAAGGCCUGGGAAAGUUUUGGGGAUGUCCAGGUGAAAGAUCGGAGUAUGAUAUGGAACUCUGAUUUGAUAGAGACAUUGGAACUGGAGAACCUUUUGAUAAACGCUUCCAUAACAAUGCAUUCAGCGGAAGCACGAAAGGAGAGUAGAGGAGCACAUGCUCGGGAAGACUUCACGAAAAGAGAGGAUGGAGAAUGGAUGAAGCAUACAUUGGGAUAUUGGGAAGAUGAGAAAGUGAGAUUGGAGUAUAGGCCUGUUCACAUGGACACUCUCGACGAUGAGAUUGACACUUUCCCUCCUAAAGCUCGUGUCUAUUGAUCGAGCCCAUGCUAUAUUAUUUUAU